GUUAUGGUGAAGUUUAAAAGCUGAGCGGCAGAGGUGUGACUUAGUCUCUCGUUAUUAUUAUCCAGAACGAAUUGCAAGGACACAGGAGCACUAUGGAAUAUAUAUCAGAUGAGCACCUUGCUAGCAUUUUUGCUCAGCUAGUUGACCCAAAUAUUUCUGUCAGUGACAUCAGACAAAGUAAACCUGACUUCGUGCAGAAGAUUUAUUUUCACUUCAUCCGUGAUUUUGGAGCUAACUUGGAGCAGAUCAAUCAGAGCUCGCUUGAUGCAUGUAAAUCAAUACAGCAACAUCCGGAGAUGCUCCAGAGUUCGAUGAGGAUUAUGGCUCUUGCUAAGGUCAUCAGAAUGUUUCUCAGCAAUAUAUAUGAUGGUGAUACCUUUGAGUUUUCCGAUCUUGUUAAUCCCAACCCAAAGAAAACGAAAAGGUUUUUUCGAGCAAUUGUAGAAUUUUACUAUAAAACGGGUGACUACCAUGAAAAAAUUGCCAGUAUUGAAGAAGAGAUUGAAAAUAAGGAGGUUGGACACCUGGAGAUGUUGACCAAAAUCCAGAAAGCUAAAGAGAAACUUCAUCGUCUGAAACUGGCUAGUGCUGAAAAUCAGAUCUGCGAAGAGCAAGAACUGGAACAAAUAAUGGAGAUGAAGCCUCAGCUGAAAAAGACCCAAGAAACAAAGAUCGGCCUGAAGAGUAAGCUGGAGAGCCUGAAGAUGGAGAGCUCUACCCUAAUGAAACACAUAAAGGAUGUUGAGCUCAAGAUUUUUGAGGUUGAUGAAAAAAUAGAUAAGCUUGGCAGUCGGGUAGUGGAGGCCAGUGAACGUCAAGAAAUUGAGGAACGCGAGGCAAAGUUAGGUUCUCUCAGAAAUGAGGUAAAGGAGAAGAGUGAGUGUGUAGUGAAAUUGAAAACCGCUUCACAAGUCUACUCCACAGCACAAGAUCUACUGAAUGAUCAGCUUCUUGAAGUUUUACAAGAGGUACAAGAAGAAGAUGCAAAAAAGAAAGAGCAGCUGACUAAGUUGUCUCGGCUACAUCGCUUGAAAGCAUCAUUACUUGAGGAAGUUGAAGGGAAAACCAUGAAGGCACAGCAGCUGAUGGUGCAGUCAGCAUCCCAAGAUGAAAAGAAAGCCCAGAUAAUGCGUGCUUUUAGUCUCAAAAAGGAAAGCCUUCUUGAAGAAAUUGGUCAAUCCAAGUUGUUAUUGGAAGAAAUCAAUCGUAACAUAAUGGAAGAUAAUGUUCUGUAUCAAGAAAAGGAAGCUAUUUUCUUGAAGAAAAAACAUGAUAUUCAGCAGCUCGAAGAAAAGGAGGUUGAUGUAAAUAAUUACAUUGUUAUAAACUACAGAAGUGUUGUUGAUGCGAGAGAGAACCACCACCAGAGACUGCGGAAGAAAAUGUGUGAAUUGCAACAGACUGUCGGGGAACUCAAACUGUGAAGAUGCCAACGUGGUGUGUAGCUGAGAUUAAAUUUUUUUUUCUUUUAUGAGAAAAUUAAGCAUGGAACUAUACUGGUGACAGUCUUGCAAGAUCCGAGUUUACAAGAGUAUGUUACUAGAAACUUUAUCCAUUGGUGCACGACAUUUUAUAUAAGUGAUAAAGAACUCUUCGGUGUUCUAGUAAGUUAUGGUUUCAUUGGGCAGUCAAAUGCAUUAAAUCAGGUUUCUUUAAUCUGAAGUUAUCACUUUUUUAUUACAACAGCUAUCUCCCAUCAAGGCAGGAUUGGCAUGCAAAAAGAAUAUAUAAAAUUUAUUUGGGAUGUGUGUACACACCUAUGUAGGCUGCCUCCCAACCAGUGAACUGGGUGCUAAGGGUUUAAUGAUAAUUAGGGUACCCAUCGUUAAAUCAGUUCCUUGGUUCAUUGUCUGGUCACAGGCGUGCCUGCCAAGUGCUGAGGCAAUGUGGUUCACUCAUGGUCAGCAUUUUCCAGACUUGCCUACCAGCUGGUUGAGUACAGUGCUCUCUCUGGCUUUUGCUUUUGCCAUUGUCACAAUCGUUUGGUACACUUACUAUUCAGUCUCUGUACAUGAGUGUACAUGUACAUAUCUGGUGAAGGAAAUACAAGUUAGUCUAUCUGCUGAGUUUUUGCUACAAAACCCAUUAUGACCAGGUCACAAGUCAUUCUUACCUGUUUGUAAUAGCAAGUGACCUGAAAAAGAAAUACUUCUUUAUUUUUACUUGUAAUAAUUUGUACAGGAGAAGGGGUUACCAGCCCCUUGCUCCCGGCAUUUUAUUCACCUCUUAUGACAUGCAUAGCUUACGGAGAAAGGAUUCUUCUCCAAUUGCCCAUGUAGUAUUUCACUUAUAUUUUAAUUAUCAGUACACAUCACAAUACUAUUGAUGUAACAUCUCAAAAGUAAUUUAUCAUUCCAAGUAGAAACUUAACGUGAUUGGUUUCUACUUGACCAUCACUCUUAAAAGUUUAUCACCUUAAGGGAGGCUCUUCGAUGCCUGUAGAGAUCUUGCUCAAAGGAAUUGGGCCUGACCACCUCUUUCUUGGAUCAAACCUUUGAUACCUUUAUAGGGUUUGGAAAUGUUUCCUGCUGCCACAACCUGGCCCUGGGCCAGGUUUGUCUGGCAUGUCUUAUUGCUUCCCAGUCCUCUUAGUGCUACAUGAUUUUACAGUUCUAUUGCUUGCCCCAUAAAUGUAAUAAUAGUAAUUGUCAUUUCAUUCUAUGGUAUAUAUAUUCUUUAACUCCCUGUAUUUAAAAUUUCAACAUAAUUUGUUUCACUGUAAUAUGUUGAGGGAUAAGUUCAUGUUUCUCAUGUUAUUCUGGGUUUGUGCAAAGAUUUUUUUUUUUCUGAAUAACUUUUCUUGGGAUGUUCUCGUGUAUGGUUGUAUUUAAUUUUUAUUGCCAAGAACAUUAAGUGAUCUUGUUGGUACCUUUGAUAUACCUUUGAAGAGUUUCGAGAGUUAAUCUACUCUGAGCUCGGCCAUGGGUCAGGCUCGUGUGGUGCAUGCCUAAAAAAAAACUUACUGAUGUGUAAUAGAGAAAUAUGGUGGUUGCAAGAUAGUUGUAUGUUGUGGUUGUAUGAUAAUGUAGCUGUAGGAUAGAAGUGUAGUUAGUCGGAAGAUGUACCUGAAUGACACGAGAUGCACCAUACUCAGUAGUGUAGACCACACUGAGCUUGAUUGUGAAACACCACAUUUGUGAAUCUUCUGCCAGGAAUGUUGUAAUUGGCUUGUUUACCAUUUUUUUUUUAUCAAACCGGCCAUAUUCCACUGAGGCAGGGUGACCUAAAAGAAAAUUUCUUUACAAAUUUAGUAUUGUAUACAGGAAUAGUACUUACUAGCCCUUUGCUCCCAUCAUUUUAGUCUCUUACAACACUCAUGGCUUAUGGAGGUAGAAUUCUGUUCUACUUCCCCAUGG